CUCUCUCUGAGCAGGAAUGUGGAAACGGGGAAUUCAGUCAGUCUGCGCUGCACGUUACUGCGCCUCACAGGAGUGAAUCAUUGAUCUUUGCCUCGGUUAAAUAUAUUGAUGAAGAGGAAGUGAUAUAUUUGUCAGCGGAUUCUGCGGUCACUUUUAUUUAUUUUUUUGAUUGAGGAGGGGGGUGAAGAAGCAACAUUCUUCUCCGUUCCUCGACUGGAGAGAAAAGUUUGCUUUGAGACCCACAGCUGGAGUCCGCAGAUGGGAAUAAGCUCUCAGUGGACGCCGAGCGCACCUCAUUCCGCACAUCUCACAACAUGGGCCGGGAGUCACUGAGGAGGUGAAGGCUGCUGCUGUUAAAUGCUCACUGCGAGGCUUCCCACCACACCGCGACUGCUCAUCUAACUCCUGUUACCUCAGUGAGCGCGUGAACCGCUCGCGGGCUGUUUGCCAUGGCGUCCAGUCUGACAUGCACCGGUGUUAUCUGGGCCCUGCUGUCCCUGCUCUGCGCUGCCGCCUCCUGCGUCGGCUUCUUCAUGCCCUACUGGCUGCUGGGGACGCAGAUGGACAAGCCAGUGUCCUUUGGCCCGUUCCGCCGCUGCUCCUACCCGGUGAGGGACGAGGAGAGGCACGCCACGGUGAUGCUGGAGCAGUGCGGCCGCUACGCCUCCUUCCUCGGCAUCCCGAGCCUGGAGUGGAGGAUCUGCACGGUGGUGACGGGCGUGGGGUGCGGCCUCCUCCUCCUGGUGGCCCUCACGGCUCUCAUGGGCUGCUGCAUCUCUGACCUCAUCUCCCGCACCAUCGGCCGCGUGGCCGGCGGCAUUCAGUUUGUUGGAGGUCUGCUCAUAGGAUCUGGCUGCGCACUCUAUCCUCUGGGAUGGGUCAGUGAGGAAGUGCAACAGACCUGCAACAACAGCUCAGGACAGUUUCAACUAGGUUCCUGCCAGAUCGGCUGGGCGUAUUACUGCACAGGGGCGGGGGCGGCGGUGGCCAUGCUGCUGUGCACCUGGCUGUCUUGUUUCGCGGGGAAGAAGAAGAAGCAGUACCCGUACUGAAGGGACCAUCGGGGGAGAGAGAGGGGAGGGACAGGAAGAGACCCCGGGAGAGGAAUCCGGCCCUGUGGACUCGCACCAGUACAGCACAUCAGGCACCAAAGACACCAAGUCGUUAUGGUGCAUCAUGGGACACAACUCAUCUGACAACUGCAGGGACUGUUUCAUAAUGCAACACAAACGCACGCACACAAGGCUUUGAAAAACACGUUCUUCUCUCAAGAGCUGUUCUUAAGUGAAAGAUGUACGGACCAAUUCUAUUUGUAAAAUUGUUACAUUUCUUAAAGAAUAUUCUCUGGCUUUUUUCUUUUGUCCUUCUCCCCUUCAGUUAUUGAUGUUUCGUGCCCUGUGAUAAUGAAGAGAAAAGUCAUCUUGCAUCAUUGUUACGUGAAGUGUUUCUGUGUCCUUUUCAUGUCUCGUCCUUGCCUUAAACACAGUGAAAUGCAAUAAUCCUUAUAAUGUAAAGCAAUCCAACACUGGCUGCCUGCUUCCUUCGACUCAACCGUUUCAGAUCCCAAAAGUCUAAGCAUAGUUUAUUAUACACAUUCAUAAGAUGAUAUACGUCGUGUACAAUAAUGUAUUUUAUCAUAUUAGCACAUGUUUUGUAUUCUUCCAAUGUAUUCCUUGUCAUUAUCUUUGUUUUGUAAAUAAAUGUUUAUCGAAAUGUCGUAUUUAAAGUGACUUUGGUGAAACAAUAACUGAACAGGCAUCCUCUCACAUUCCUGAAAAGCUUUUCUCAUGACCUUUUGACCCUGUAGUGUUCACUACAAGUGGGAAUCUUUUCUUUUUUUUUCUUUUUUUUUGUUUAUCACCCCACAAUCAAUAAAGAGGAUGACGACGAGCAGUGCUUGUGAAUUGAA